AAGAGGACUGUGGACUGGAGAGUGGCACACAGCAUGGCGGAAAACCGAGAGCCCCGCGGGGCCGUCGAGGCUGAGCUGGACCCGGUGGAGUAUACCCUUCGGAAGCGGCUCCCCCACCGCCUGCCCCGGAGGCCCAAUGACAUUUAUGUCAACAUGAAGACUGACUUUAAGGCCCAGUUGGCCCGCUGCCAAAAGCUUCUGGACGGAGGGGCUCGGGGUCAGAAUUCAUGCAGUGAGAUCUACAUUCAUGGCUUGGGCCUGGCCAUCAACCGUGCGAUCAACAUUGCUCAGCUUCAGGCAGGCAGCUUCAGGUCCUUGCAGGUGGCUGCCAAUACCUCCACCGUGGAGCUUGUCGAUGAGCUGGAACCAGAAACUGAUACACGAGAGCCUCUGACCCGCAUCCGCAACAACUCGGCCAUCCACAUCCGGGUCUUCAGGGUUGCACCCAAGUAAUGGAAAUGAGGAUGGCCGCCUUAUCCACCCACCCCCACGUAACUAGGCUCAGAUAUGGCUCUUCUUGUACUGAGUAUAGUCAUGGACCUUCUACCAGAGCCACGUAAGAAAAAGCCUGUCCCCUUACAGCCCAGAGGACUCUGAACUGUGAGGGAGAGUAUUGUCUCUUGUUGGGCCCAAGCAAUGGGUCUUCCCGAGUCUUUGUGGUCUGUGACCAUUGUCCUAGACAAUAAAAACUACCAAGUUGUGUUAGUAUGCAGCCACCCCACUGCCACUGUCUCUCCCCUGUGUAAAUUCUGUAUGUACGGGGAAAGGGAGAGUAGGAACCUUUACAAGUAUUUACAUACAGGAGGGAACCCCAGGUGUUUCUUGCCUUUGCAGAGAGCAGAGAUAGUACUAUGGACGGUGUAACAAAACAAACUUUGGUACAAGCAAAAGCCUGAGAAUCCCAGUGUUUGCUUUAAAUUUUUUUGUACUCUCAGAGGGAGG